AUGGUGACGGUUCUCGCUCAGCCGGCUACCUCUUCCUCCUCCAGCUCCUCGUCCUCAAGUAGUGGACUCAACGGAUGGUAUCCGUGCUCGGAGUCGACUUUCUCGGACGAAGGGGGUUCUGGGGACCAAGACGCUGAGUGCGCGGUCUACACGGCCCCAUUGUGCUACCCUGGUGUCUGCGAGACCCCCGAAGGGAUCGACUCGACCGUGGAUAUCUUCGUCAAGAGGGUCGUUGCUUUGAACGACUCGGACACUGCCACCAACGUGUGGAUCAUGCAAGGAGGCCCAGGCGCUUCCUCCACUGCCAUGGAAUCGGCGAUGGUGGAGCUCCACGCUCGUCUGAAUGGCACAGUGAACGUCUACACCAUGGACCACCGCGGCACUGGUCGAAGCACUCUACUCGACUGCGUGGCGGCUCAAGCCACGACUACUGGUUCCCCGUACGGCAGCUCCAUCGACGUGACGGAGGUCCCCGCCUGUGCUGAGGCUCUGGAGAAGAAGUACGGCAACCUCUCCUCUUUCUCCAUGACAAGCGCCGCCUCGGACAUGGCGACCUUCAUCUCCAACUACUCGAACGGAGCGGAUACCAUCGUGUACGGAGUGAGCUACGGUACUGCAUUAGUGGAGCGCGUGAUCCACUUGGAUCCCCCCGAGGUGACUGGGUACGUGUUGGACGGCGUCGCCACGAGCUCGGGCGCGUCUGGUGACAAAACCUUCGAGUACUUUUCGACCUGGGACGCCGACUUUGGGGAGGUGGGGGACGCCUUCAUGGCGCUCUGCAAGACGCAAAGUGAGUGCAACGACCGAUUCGCAUCGACUGAUCUCUCCACAACGCUGCAGAACCUCAUCAACGACUUCGACUCCAACCCCAACUCGACGUGUGCGGCCUUGGUGAGCAGCGGCAGCUCUGACCCAGCGUCGUACACGGUGCGGGAGGCUCUGGGGUCGCUGCUGCAGGGCUCGCGUAUGCGCACGCUCAUCCCUCCCGUCGUCUACCGCCUGAAUCGCUGCGCGUCCGAGGACAUCGACGUUCUGACGCACUUCUUCGCCGCUUUGAACUCGGACCUCUCGGCCCCAGACCAGGAGAACGCGUUUGAAUCCACGCUGCUCUACUACCUCAUUGUCUUCUCCGAGUUGUGGGAGAAGCCCGAGCCGUCCGCGUCGGAAAUGCUGGCGCGGUUCACGAACACGACCAUCUCGAACGGAGGGACGUACACGGAGAUCCCGGACUAUUGCGCCUUCUCGAAGGAGAACUCGACUACGUGCAAUGGACUGGAAGUCGGCAACUACUCCGCCAACGGGAUCAUCUACGAGCGGGACGAGUACUGGAACAAGAGCGCCGUGAUCCCCAGCCAGGCCAGCGUCUUGUUGCUCAGCAGCAAGCUGGACCCGCAGACGCCGCACAAGUACGCCAAGUAUCUGUUGGAGGCGUUGGAUGGCGACCAGAAGGAGCUGAUCACCUUCAACUAUGCAACGCACGGGACGCUGUGGACGACCCCGAUGGUGGACGGGGACUACUCGAGCGAGACGUGCGGCAUGAUGCUGCUCAUGUCGUUCGUGACCAACAACGGCGACUUGGCGGGUCUGGACAAGUCUUGCGUUGAGGAGAUGCCCGCGUUCAAUCUCACGGUGCCGCUCACGUACCAGCAUUACUAUUUGAGUACGGACGACGUCUACGACGGCGUGUACAGCGCCAGUCUGAGUGCGAGCGGAUCGACCUCAGGCAGUGCGAGCUCUGCAUCAGACGGGAGCUCCAAGUACAAGGCCGUCUUUAUCGUCUUCCUCGUCCUCUUUGUGCUAGCGCUAGCGCUGGCGCUCGCUGCUUUCUUCGUCUACCGCUGGAACAAGCUCAAGCAUAGCAAGACGGACGAAAGGACGACCGAGGACUUGCCGGGGCACGUAGAGAUCCUGUCUCCAGUCGAGCUAGCCAAGUAA